GGGGGAUUGCACUGCAUGAGCUUUCCAGGUCCCUUCCCACCCCUGCCAUCCCGUGACUCUGUGGUUCCGUGUGACUGUGCUCUGACCGCCUUGCACAGCGCGUUUGGGGACGCGGGGACACAGGUACCGGGCCGUGUCCCCGCGGGCGCUGCGGACCCGCCGGCGGGCGCCAGGACCCGGGAGGCCCCGCAGUGCGUCUGGCGUCACCCCGUGCGCGUGACGCGCGGCCGCGCUCCAGAACGUUCCGGGCGGCGCCAUUUUGCGGCGGCACCGAAAGGCGGCGGCGGCGGCGGUUCAUCGCGGAGCGCGGCGGAUCCGGGCGAGAUGCGGCGCUCCAGGAGAAGCAGCUGUGCCGAGGGGGAGGCGAAGGAGAGCCCGGCGGGCAGGACGGGCGGCAGCAAGAGGAAGAGGAGGUCGGUCAGCGCGGGGAACAGGCGCUGCGAGCACCCCCAGCUCCCCCCUCACCGGUCUGUGACGGGUCGGGAGCGUCCCGAGCGGCACUACGUGGAGGAGUACAGGAGCGAGGACAAGCAGGGCCGGGGCUCCGGGCACCACAGCAGCAAAUCCUCAGGUCACAGCGGCAGGAGCAGCUACAGGAGGAGACACAGGACGCACUGCGCUGCCUGUCACCAGCGGCACCCCUCACAGAAGAGUCAUCGAAGCAAAAGAUCCAGGAGUGUAGAGGAUGAUGAGGAGGGUCACCUGGUCUGUCAGAGUGGAGACGUACUAAGUGCAAGAUAUGAGAUCGUUGCUACUUUGGGUGAAGGUGCUUUUGGAAAAGUGGUGGAAUGCAUCGAUCACAGAGCGGAAGGCAGGCACGUGGCUGUGAAAAUCGUGAAAAACGUGGCCAGGUACUCAGAAGCGGCGCGUGCGGAAAUCCAGGUGCUGGCGCAUCUGAACACGUCGGACCCCGGCAGCACGUACCGCUGCGUCCAGAUGUUGGAGUGGUUCGAGUACCACGGACACGUCUGCAUCGUCUUCGAGCUGCUGGGGCUCAGCACCUACGACUUCAUUAAAGAGAACGGCUUUCUGCCGUUCCGGCUGGACCACAUCAGGCAGAUGGCGUAUCAGAUCUGCAAAUCUGUGAACUUUUUGCAUUUGAACAAGUUGACACAUACAGAUCUAAAACCGGAAAAUAUUUUAUUUGUGAAAUCUGACUACGUAGAAGAGUAUAACCCCAAACUGAGGUGCGACGAGCGCACACUAAAAAACCCGGACAUCAAAGUUGUGGACUUCGGGAGCGCAACGUACGAUGACGAGUAUCACAGCACGCUGGUGUCCACACGGCAUUACAGAGCUCCGGAGGUCAUCCUGGCGCUGGGCUGGGCCCAGCCGUGCGACGUGUGGAGCAUCGGCUGCAUCCUCAUCGAGUACUACCUGGGCUUCACCGUGUUCCCGACCCACGACAGCCGCGAACACCUGGCAAUGAUGGAGCGAAUCCUGGGCCCUUUGCCAGACCACAUGAUCAAGAAAACCAGGAAACGCAAGUAUUUCCGCCAUGAGCGGCUGGAUUGGGAUGAGCACAGUUCUGCCGGCAGAUACGUCUCCAGGCACUGCAAGCCCCUGAAGGAAUUAAUGACCUGCCAUGAUCCUGAGCACGAGAACCUCUUUGACCUCAUUGGGAAGAUGCUGGAGUAUGACCCGGCCAAGCGCAUCACCCUGGAAGAGGCCCUGAAACAUCCUUUCUUCUUCCCCCUGAAACAGGACCUGUCCCCGAGAGCUGAGCAGGUCGACACCGCUGCCAGCCCACCAAAGAAACACAAGAAGUGUUGAGUGUCUGUCGAGUACAGGCAGUUUGUGUUUCUGGAGCAGCUGCUGGGCAGCUCUGGGGGGAACAGUCUCCCCCCCCAGAACACUGUUGGGGACAGCCGGCAGGCCCAGCUGCACCGCACAGCUGGAACUAAACGCCAAAGUCCUUGGGGAGCUGGACACCCCUCCAGACAGGUUACUGGGAACACAUGGGCCAGACGCAAGUGUCACACAAGCCCAGUCCUUUCAGAGGCUUCUUAGUUUCAUCUGCAGACAGAACUGCCAUAAAUCUCCUUUUACCCUAUACUGUCUGCUUACCUAUAGAUGGAAGAUCCAAGUGGUAAAGUGGAUUUAAUUGGGAAAGGCCUUUUCCACUUGAAAAUACAGGACACACUAUUUGACUGAAAGGGAGUUAUUUUUUCAUGCAGUUAGAAACUUUCUGUAGAUAGCACAGUCAUCAUUUGGAUUUAGUCCAGACCAAGAAGAUAACACCCUGGGCCAGUGUUAAUGGUGUUUUUUUUCAAGGAACUAGGCCAGAGUUUGCAAGUUAGAACAAAGACAAUGUAAGAGCUCACGGUGCUCUUAGUUGUUGUCCAAGAGCCAACGUCUUUCUGCCUUUUUCCCUGUUCCCUGGGCUUGGCUGUUCAGGACUAGGCUGCUCAGGAUGGAGGGAAGUGCAUUGAGUAUCUUUUAUAUUUUCCACUUUUUAUAUAUAUAUAUAUAUGUAUAUUAUUAAUGCUAUAUUAGUACUUUGUAAUUUUAUUAAACUGCGUUCAUCUCAGUCCA